GUACUAAACUAACCGCUUAACAAGUGAUUUCUGCAAUUGAAUUAAAAUUUACAAAUAAUGAAGUUGAGUGUAGAUGGUUUGAUUGUUUACUUUCCCUAUGACUACAUAUAUCCAGAGCAAUAUGCCUAUAUGUGUGAACUCAAAAAAGCAAUUGAUGCCAAAGGUCAUUGCUUAUUGGAAAUGCCUUCGGGAACAGGAAAAACUACGACUCUCUUAUCUCUUGUCGUAGCAUAUAUGAUGGAUAAACCAAUGGAUGUUAGAAAAUUGAUUUACUGUUCAAGAACAGUACCGGAAAUAGAAAAAGUAAUGGAAGAAUUGAAAAAGCUUCUGGAUUACUAUGAAAAAAUGGAUGGGGAAUAUCCUAGACUCACAGGAUUAGUUUUAUCUUCCAGAAAAAAUAUGUGUAUUCAUCCAGAGGUUAGCAAAGAAAAAGAUGGAAAAAUUAUCGAUGGAAGAUGUCAUGCUCUAACUGCUAGUUAUGUUCGAGAAAGGUACAAUUUUGACGAUACAAUUCCAAUAUGCCAGUACUUUGAAGGGUUUUCUCUAGAUGGGAAAGAUAGUACCUUACCACAUGGUGUGUACACCCUUGAUGACAUGAAACAAUAUGGAAGAGAUAGAAAUUGGUGUCCAUAUUUCUUAGCAAGGUUUUCAAUUGUACAUGCUCAAAUAGUGGUAUACAGUUACCAUUAUCUACUAGAUCCAAAAAUAGCAGAUGUGGUAUCAAAAGAAUUAACGAAAGAAUCUGUUGUCAUUUUCGAUGAAGCUCAUAAUAUAGACAAUGUGUGUAUUGAUUCAAUGAGCGUCAAAAUAAACAGAAAAGUAAUAGAAAAGUCGACAGCCAACUUGCAAAUACUGGAAAAAACAGUAGCAGAAAUAAAAGAAGAUGAUCAAAAGAAAUUACAGGAAGAAUACCAAAGGAUGGUAGAAGGAUUAAGAGAAGCGGCUGUAUCGAGAGAGACUGAUGUUCUUCUCUCUAAUCCGGUUCUACCAGAUGAAAUAUUGCAAGAGGCAAUUCCUGGAAAUAUUAGAAAUGCAGAACAUUUUGUGAGUUUCUUGAAACGAUUCGUAGAAUACCUAAAAACGAGAUUGCGAGUUCAGCAUGUAGUACAAGAAUCUCCAGCUGGAUUUUUGAGAGAUAUCCAGAACAAAGUUUGCAUUGAAAGGAAACCGCUAAGGUUUUGUGCUGAACGAUUGUCGUCCUUGUUGAAAACACUCGAAAUAUCAAAUUUAACAGAUUUUAGUCCCAUAAUAUUAAUAACACAUUUAGCAACAUUAGUUUCGACUUACACAAAAGGAUUCACAAUCAUUGUUGAACCAUUCGAUGAUAAAACUCCAACUGUAUCAAAUCCAGUUUUACAUUUUAGUUGUUUGGAUUCAUCGAUAGCUAUCAAACCUGUGUUUGAUAGAUUUCAAACUGUAGUUAUCACCUCAGGAACUCUAUCACCAUUGGAUAUGUAUCCAAAAGUGUUGAAUUUUCAUCCAGUUAUAAUGUCAUCUUUCACUAUGACUUUAGCGAGGCCUUGUUUGUUACCUAUGAUUGUAUCCAAAGGAAACGAUCAAGUAGCUAUAUCUUCAAAGUUUGAGUCGAGAGAAGAUAAUGCAGUAAUUCGAAACUAUGGUCAAUUAUUAGUGGAGAUGGCAGCCAAUGUUCCAGAUGGGAUUGUUUGUUUUUUCACAUCGUAUAUGUAUCUAGAAUAUGUUGUAGCUAGUUGGUAUGACCAGGGUGUUAUUGACAGUCUGCAAAGAUAUAAGUUACUUUUCAUCGAAACUCAAGACUCCGCUGAAACAAGUUUUGCGCUUAUGUAUUAUAUAAAGGCUUGUGAAUCAGGAAGAGGCGCCGUUUUACUAUCAGUAGCAAGAGGAAAGGUUUCCGAAGGUGUCGAUUUUGAUCACCAUUUAGGACGAUGCGUACUUAUGUUCGGAAUUCCAUAUGUCUACACCCAGUCUAGAAUUUUGAAAGCAAGAUUAGACUAUUUGAGGGAUCAAUUUCAGAUCAGAGAAAACGAUUUCUUAACCUUUGAUGCUAUGAGGCAUGCUGCCCAAUGUGUAGGUAGAGCAAUUCGUGGAAAAACGGAUUACGGUAUUAUGGUUUUCGCAGACAAGAGAUUCUCCAGAGCUGAUAAAAGAACUAAGUUACCAAAAUGGAUUCAAGAACAUUUGAAAGAUUCUCUUUGUAACUUGUCAACUGAGGAAGCUGUACAGCUUGCUAAAAGAUGGUUGAGACAAAUGGCUCAGCCUUUCACUAAAGAAGACCAGUUAGGAGUAUCAUUACUCACAUUAGAGCAACUCCAGAGUUUGGAAGCCAAAAAGCAACAGGAAAAGGAAGAGAAUGGACAGUCUUCUGAAGAUACAUAAAAUACUUUUGUGCGUUUUACUGUUCUCAAAUAGUUGUGAUAUUUGAAAUACGAAUUUUUAAUAAAACUACAUGGAUGUCGA